UGACAAUUUUGAUUGGAACAAGAGCGGUAGUAUUUCUACUAAGGAACUACAGUACGCAAUGAGGCGGGCUGGUCAGAACCCUACAGAUGUUGAAGUUCAAGAUAUGAUAAACAAGAUUGAUGAUGGUAGUGGAACUCUGGACUUUAAUGAUUUUGUUCUGGUCAUGGGAGAUAAAUGCAAGGAGAUGGAUAAUGAAACACAUUUCAAGGAUACAUUUAGAGUUUUCAGUAAAGAUGAAGAAGGUUGUAUACCGGCAGAAGAAAUGAAGUUUGUUCUUAAACAUUUGCCAGGGAAGGUUACAUACAAGGCAGGGACAUACUUAAAGUAUAUAUUAUCAUUAACAUACUCUUUAGACUACAGUGAGCAUUAGUUUUUGUACCAAAGCAAAAAGCUUUACUUGUAGGUUAUUAAAUCACUUAUUAAGUGAAAUUGGUCUGUUUACACUGCACACUAUACCUCAUGUUCAUUGGACUAUUUAAAGUCAUAAUUGAGCCUAAAAGUCGACUUCCUAUUCCAGAGUUUUCUGGAUCUCCCUGUAUACACUUUACUUAAACAUUCAAAAGUUGAUAGUUACGUUUAAUCAUUUUAUUUAUAAUUUAUUGUAAGAAUUACGUUUUACACUUUUUUCGAGUAAAUUCCACUCUAAUAUAAAUUCUAUUCUCUUUGAUUGUGGAUUAUACUCAAAAACGGGAAAAUGGGGUUUGUCUUGAAAACGCAACAAUGUUUCAAAUUUAGGAUAUGUUCCAAAAUGGAAAACCUGACAUUGUCUUGA